AUGUUCAGGACCCUCCAUGUCGUCCACCUGACCUCCUGGCUGUUCGGCCUUAUUGUCGUCAGCCUGGGGCUGUACUAUCAACUGCUCAUCUUCCAUCAGGCUGUAGAGCUGUUCACCGCCCAACUGGCGGUGUCUCUGCUCUUUGUCGCCGUUCUGAGUGCCACGGGUAUGGCGAUCACCUCGUCCCUCUCGCUCACGGUCGGCUCGAGCAGUGACCGCGGCAUGUGCUCAGGAAUCUCCAGUGGCGUUUGCAGCCUCCUGUUCGUCUUUAGCCUAGCCCUGCUCGUCGCAUUUGAGCUGGCCUGUGUCUUGGCCGUCGGUCCUCUUCGUCAGGGCCUCGUCAGUCAAGCCCGUGUCUAUCUUCAGAUGGGUUUAGCUUAUGCCAUUCAGGACGGACCCUCUGCCUGGCUCGAUAAUCUACAGGCCGAUCUGAAGUGCUGUGGCGUCAAAAGCUUCUCCGACUGGCACAAGUCAAGCUCCGGUACACCACCAGACAGCUGCUGCCUCCUCGAAGACUGCAUGUCCAACUCACUCGGACAGGUCUACUGGUCUUCAGGUUGCCUCGACGUACUGCUCGGCUUCGUCGAGCAUGAGGCUGUCUUCUUCGCCUGGCUGAGUGGACUGGCUCUGCUUCUUCAGUCGACAGGUCUCAUCGUCAAAUAUAUGUCACUCUAG